UCAAGAACUUCCUGCUGAGGGCUAGAAAGAGGAGGGAGCUCUGAGUUGUACCCAGCCCAGAGCAUCACUCUCAGAACAGCUGAGAGAAGAAAGAAGGGAGUGGAACAAGAAUGGCAGAAAAUGUUCAUUAUGCUCACUCGAACUUCCCUGAACCAACCAGACCCAGAAUCCAGACGGUCCCUGAUGUCCAAGGUAAAAGCCAUUGCUCCAGAGCUCUGAGUUCCAGAGUUGCUGCACUGGCUGCUGUCCUGGCUGUAAUGAUCCUCGUAGUGGUCAUAGCCCUGUAUGUGACACUCAGGGCAGGCAGCCAACAGGACUCCACAGCAUUGACCUCCCCCAGCCAAAAUGUCUCAACACCACUGUCCCCCACCAGCCAAGAGGACUCAACAAAGUCACCCCCCAGCCAUGGAGAGGCUCCAGGAAAAAGCUGCUGUUCCACAACACGAGUUGCUGUCCUGGUUACUGAGAUAAUCCUGCUCCUCCUCACUGCUGUGUUUCAGAUGCUCCCAUGUAAAAGGCCUUGUUCCAGAGCACACAUUGCUGUGCUGGUUGUUGUCCUGGUUCUGGCUGUGCUGGCCCUCACUCUGUCUUGGACAGUCCCAGAUGUUCCAACUGCAGGCAGCCAAAAAGGCUCAAAAACAUGGCCCUCCAGCAGCCAAAAUGUCUCAACACCGUGUUCCACCAACCAACAGGACUCAACAAAGUCACCCUCCAGGCGUGGAGAGGCACCAGGCUGUCCCCCAGCAUGGAAAAAACAUGGGAGAAAAUGCUACUUCUUUUCUCCAGAGCAGAGAAAGAAGGACUGGAAUUCCUCCCGUGCAGAAUGCGCUGCCAUGGGCUCAGACCUGGUGAUCAUUGAGAGCAGGGAAGAGCUGAGUUACCUUCUCUCAGAAUCACAAGAUGGGUUCUACUUCCUUGGUCUCAGAUACUCUCCAGAGGAGCAGAAGUGGAAGUGGAUCAACAACGUGGAGCAUGACCCAGCCAUGUUCCGAAUAGAGAAACGUUACAGCGACUAUGACUGCACGGUGAUUGGACGUGGUGAAAUAGGAGCUGCACCUUGUAGUGGAACCCAAACAACACAAAACAUGUGUGAGAAAACUGUAACAAUUUGAAAAAGGCAUAAGAAGGAGAGCUAAAAACAAGAGCUCCAGGCUGAUAUGAUAUCCCAGCUUGCUGUAGGAAACGUGGAUGGGAUGUGUCUCAUUUCUCUUCACCUGCCCAAUCUCUGCUCCCAGGGACUCCUGCAGCCCCCUCCAGACUCAUGGCCAAGCUCAGCCCAGCCUUUCCCUGAUGCUGUGUGAGCCUGGCUGGAUCCCCUCUGGAAGAGCUGGCUCUGGCACACAGGAGCAGUCUGGGACUGUCUCAUGCCACAGGUGGCACCUGCAGGCAGGCAGUGCCAGGGGAGAGGAGUCCAGGCUGGGGCCAGGGCUGAUCCCAACCAGAUCCUGGCUCUGCAAGUCCCAUCCAUGCACAGCCCAGUGUUCCCAGCCCUGCCUGUGCCCAAGGAGACCCUUCCCCAGCUGGUCACAGCCUGGCCUUGCCUGCAGCCACAAGGGAAGGGCAGCACAGAUUUGUGGUUGGGAUCUGGUGGGGAAGGGCAAGGCCAGUCCUUGCCAGGAUGGACAGGACAAAGUCAGGGGUGGGUGUGGAUAAACCUUCUGCUGUCCCAGAGUGUUCCAUGAGCACAUGGGAUCCCAGAGCCUGUGGUGGAAAUGGGAAUCAGCAGAAGGGAAAGGAUCCUACAGCAGCACAGCUCUGGGCAUAAAAUCAGCCCCAGUCCUGUGUGAGGAAGGGAAGGAGUGUCAGAUUUGGGAUCUGCUUGGAAAGGGCACAGGAUGGAGAGCAGCAGAGACCAGCAAGGCCUGAAGAGCAGAGUGCCAAGAGAAGCUGAGCUGGACAGAAAACAGAACAAUGAAAGGCACAGUGAGCUGUGAAGGAGCUGGUGAGAAGUGUGAGAGUGACCCCCAGGGAAUGGCCACACCGUGCUCUGCCCUCUUUUCCUUGGAGAUUGAGCACAGGAGGAAAUGAUUCCUGAGAGCUUUUCCUGCUCAGAAAAAUUCAAGCCAACAGCAGAAAUAGGGAGCACCAGGAAAACUGAGCUGUGAUCAGCAGACAGGGAAUGUCACCAAUGCUCUCCCCAUGUGCUUCAGUGGCUCUUGGGACCCUGGGCCUUUUGUGACUCCAAGAAUUUUCCUUCUUAGUGUGUCCUUGGAGGCAGAAUCAUUCCUCCUUUACUGGUGCCUUUCAUGGCUCUCUCCAUCAGCUGCAGGAUGGAGAAAGCUCUGUGAAGUCCUUGAGGAAGUGACACUGCUGGCCUGGUUUACCACUGGGAAAACAUUUGCUCUGUCAAACAAUCUCUACCCAGCAUGUUGUGGCCAUUGGAAGGGAAAAUGGAAUCCUACAGGAAAAGCUGUCUCUGUCUGACUUGAAAGCACCUUUUGAUGUUCCUCACAGCAGCC